CCUCCAGGCCAUCCCAAGCACUCCCCUGAGAGCAGGAAGCAGAGUGUUUGGGGCUGACGGUGCUCUGAAUCUGGGUCCCGCCUGUGUGGAUUCAGCCCCACACUACUGGCAGUCGCUGCCUUGGGAGUUGGGCGGCUGAGUCCAGCACAUCCCUAUUGCUGGUGCCAGCUCCUGAGCAAUUCCAUUCCCAGUGACGGGCCAGUCCCCGCCUUGGGGCUCACCCAGAACUCGGGAGGCAGGAAUUAGAACACACACACCCCUCCCUCCCCGCGGCCGGGAAAGCGCCGGGCUGGGACGGGAAGUGUGUCCCGGGCAGGACUCCGUAGGGGGAAGCGAGAUAUGUUGACUUGUUCAAUCGGAGCCUUUGCGACUAAGAACAUGGAUUUGGUGAUCAGACAGCAGUUGUCUGCAGCACAGAACCACCAAGACAUUCAAGCUUUGAAGAAUACUUAUGAGUUGAUCAAAUCAGUCAAUCAAGGGAAAUCUGCACUUGAUUCAUCAGAGAGCUUUAGCUCUGAUUUAUAUGUCUUGUGUGCAGAACAAGCACUCCAGUUGGGGUAUCCAGAAAUUAGCAGUGACUGUCUACAGAUGUACUUUAAAGGAAGCCAUCCUGUAAACCAGUUUAUGGGUAGAGCCUACUUGUGCCAAGGCCAGUUGUACACCCCACUCUCCACAGAUAAUUUGGAAAAGUUUGAGAACUUUGUGAUGUACCUUAUGAAAGCAUUAGACUUUGCAAUACACGAUCCAAGAUAUUAUUUUUUGAUAUAUAAUGCUUCAGUCCUUUACUGGCAGGUUGUAAGGCCAUAUCUUAAGCCUGGGUUCCGCUACCUUCUUAUUCCCAGCCUAUCUCAGAUUGUAACAGCAUUAAAUCAAGCUGAAGAGCAAGACAAGCAAUGGCGAGCAGAACUCAUGAUAGAGCUACUUGAAUGUUUCUUGGAUGCUUCGAAAAUUAAAGAAGCAGUGGAUUUUUCAUCUACAGCGGCUGCAUUCGUUAAAAAUAAUGUUCCAGAUAAAUACCAACACAUGUUUUCGCUAAUGGUGCAUCACAAACUAAUGAACGCUUCCCAGAUAGAGGAAGACAUACAAAGCUCCAUCAGUUUGUCAGUCAUUUAUAAAAUUCAAACAAUAAAAUCACAAUUGGAUACAAAUGAGUUUCCAAGAGAAGCCACCACAAGUCUGAAUACUGUGUUUGAAUUUUUGAAACAGUAUGACGAGGAUUCUUCAAUUUCAGUUCUUGAUGAAAAAAUUCCUUUGCUUCUAGAAUUGGCUCGUCUUUCUUUGAAAUUAAACUGUAUCCAACUUGCAUUUGAUUGCAUACAUGAUUUGAAGCAAGCUGGGAUUAAGGCGCCAGGAAAACUGAUUGAAAUAGAAUGUCUGGAAUGUGAAUAUGAAGUCCAUAAACUUGGCACUAAAAUUGCAACUUAUACUAAAGGUGUUGUUGAGACUCAGCUGAAAGUGAUAAGAAGACUUGAACAAGCGUUGCAACAUGCAGUUCGACUGGGAGACCCUAAUGUUAUUCAGGUGGUUUGUGCUACGCAGUGGAAUCUUUGCCUUCCACUGCUACAACACAAUUUGCAUCAACAUGUACGAAAACCAUUAAUAUCUGUUGCUGAUAGCUUAGAAAAGAUUGACAGCUUGUUGAUUUUGCUACGUUGCCAAGUUCAUAUGGAAAUUGCUCGUAUUGAAGAAGAUGAAGAUAGAAUAGAGGCUGCCAUGGAACAUUUUCAGAAGGCUAUAUAUCUAGAUAACAAUGGGCAAUACCAGGAACAUCUUAAAAUGGCUUUUCAUCGUCUUCAUUUAUGCACUAUGUUGUACAAGUCCCCUGAGCGCCUAGAGGAUCAAGCAAUUAUAAUGAUUGAACAGGCUAAAAAAGGGAAGCAGAAAGACAGUGUGAGGAAAAAGCGGUCUCUUUUGGUCAAUGCAGGUCUUGCACUGGCUCCUGAUGCAUUUCAAAUAGUCCUUGACAGUGAAAAUGAAGCUAAAGUUUCCUCAGGUAAAAGUAGGAGUCAAAUAAGUUAUCUCUGUGCAAAAGCACAACAUCAUACUAAGAGUGUGGAGAAAACCAAUGGACAUUUGAAACGAUUAGGGCAUGGAAAUGACAAGGAGAGAAUAAGACUUUGGGCAGAUUUGGCUAAAGUUGCACGGAAACAAGGAGUAUGGGAUGUGUGCCGGGCAGCAUGCAGAUUCUGUCUCUUGUAUGAUGAUACUCAGAUGAGGAAGGUACCAAAAUCUAAAAAAUCUCAAAAGAAGAAAGCUAGUACAAUUGUGAUGGAUGAUAAUCGAGGUGGAAGCCUACAAAUGGAAUCAUCCUUACCCAUUAAAUCAUUCUCUCCUGAAAGAGAUUUACUCAGAACAUUAGCAGAAAUAAGAUUCAUUAAUGCAGAGGUGACUAUUCAUUUGUUAAGAUUGGAGGGUGUUCAGCUGAAUGACCAUGCUGUUCCGCCUGAAGAUACAAGCCAGCAUCCCACAGGAUAUAUUUCCAAACUUCCUGAACAUGAUCCAGAUUGGAUAACAUACAGUAUCUGGGUAGACCACUUAUCCCAAUAUGCUAUGGAAAACUUUCUGCGGGCUGCAGAAAUGGGAGAAGAGUUAAAUGAGGCCUGGAUUGUUCACAACACAGUGGUGUAUGUCUUAAAUCACAAUAAACAUCUUAUAGCUUCAGGAAGACAGCGAGAGAUUGUUGAGUCCCUGCAGAGUCUUCUCAGUGCAAUCAAGAAUACUGGACACAGUGGAAAUACUGUUGUUUUGGUGAUGUUAUGUAAUGCUUUGGCUCGAGGCCUAAUUCUUUGUUGGAUUCCAAAAUCAGUUUUGAAAACUGAUGAGAAGAAAAAGAUAGAUGCAGCAACAGACAAAAGUAAAAGGUCCUCAAUAAAGGGGCUUGAAAAAACAAACAGUGUCCAACCUUUGUCAGUGGAUCCAAAUGGACUCCCUGAUAUUAAAGCGGCCUUAGAGGUUUGUGAAUUUGCCCUGAAUUUGACAAAUAGAAACAUACCUAAUGAGCUGGUACCUAUUGCUGUACGACAACAGAUCAUUGCUACCUGGGUGAAAGCAAAACAGUUACUUCAGCAACAAAUUGGUCAUAAACUUGGAACUGAUGAUGAGACUGGCGAGGGACAAAAUCCAAUCACAAAAGUUCUUGUUGCUUUGGAAAUGUACUCAUGUAAUGGCUUGGGUCUCAUGGACUUUAUUGUUCCCAGUUUGUCUCAGUUGGUGAAAAUGACUUUAGAAUGCAACUGGUCAGAUCCAUUAGUGGAAUUGCAGACAUUGACACGACUUACACAUUUUGCGUAUGCAUCACAUGACCAUGAAAUAGUGAUGACUUGUUCCCAAAGAACCUUACAACUAGAUGAUGCAGUUUUGUAUGAUACAGAUGUAAAGAAACAUGAAAUGGAUGAUUACACAGCAAGACAAGAAAUGUUAAGCACUGCUGUUUGUAUACAGGGGAGGAGUAUCAUGGAAAAUUUGGCUGGAAAAAAACAUUUGCGCUUAGCAGCAUCAAAAGCCUUUGUUCAAAGUGCAAGAUAUGCAGGUGAAACAGGAAACUGUACCCUUGUAAUGCUGGCAGCUAGACACUUCUGGAAUGCAUGUUUACCUUUUAUAGGUUCUUCACUAGACAGAGAACAGCUUAAAGAGCCCACAGAAACAAUUCUCAAAAACAUCAUUAAAGCAGAAUCUAAAAUUAAGCAGGGAACAGAAAAUACGUUGCAGCUUCAUCAGUGGCCUACAAAGGAUUUUCAAAGUAGUGGAUCAUCAGAAGGUCAUUUUCUCCCAGGUACUGAAGAGGAUCUGACAUUAAGGACAUCCCUGUAUGGGUUAUUAUUCCACAUGUAUGCUGAUAAAAGAGACUGGGAGACAGGACUAAAAGUGUUAGAUGAAGCCAUUCAAGUUCUGCCUCGAACUAAACAUAGACUCCUGAUUUUCAAACAUAUGGUUAUAGUGAAGGCAAGACUUGGACGUAAUUUUAUGAUGGACAUUCAGAAAUUCAAGGAUGAAAGUGAGGACUAUUUGUCACAUAUGUGGCAUCGUCUGGCACCAAUCUCCAAAGACAUUGUCGGGCAGUUAACCUGUUAUCAGAAUGCCAUUGAAGCUUUACAGAAACAAGAAAGUGAGUGGCAGAAAGUUGAUUAUCUAAUGGAAUUUGCAGAAUGGUUAUACUGCAAUAAGUUUCCUCUUAAUGAUGCUAUUAAACAUCUGGACUGGGCAGUAGAUAUCUUGCUACAUUUGAAACUUGCCAAAGGACCUCUUGAGGAAGAAGAGAAAAACAUCACACAAGAAAUACCAUCUCCAGCAAAGCUGAAGGUAGACUUUGGGGUAAAUGUUACAAUUCCCCAAACUGCUAAUGAAGAUUUAAAAAACAUAAGGCAAUUGGAAACUUUGUUUAGAGCACAUACUUUAAUGGCUAUAAUUUCUGGCCAUAGUUCACCUUAUCAUCAACAACACUGUUUGAUGGCUUAUGCUAACAUCAUUCGUAUCUGGCAGGUUUCAUUGUCUGCAGCAGGAUCUAUUAUUAAAGCAUUACCAAAAUCCUCACCAUCUUCCCAGAAUGCACAGUCAGCCACACCUAAGAAAGAUAAAGGCAAAAAGGAUGCAAAACAAGUGCAGUCUUCAGUUAUGAAGGAGAAGCCUAAACGAAAAGGACCAGUUGAAGCAUUACCAGCGAGUGUGGAGGAAUGGGCUAGCUAUGACUGCCCUGAUGAAGUUAGAGAUGCUUUUAAACAGGAAACAAGCUGUUAUGUUAUUAACCGGGAUAAUAUUCUGGUACCUACUUACACUUUAUAUUUUAUGGACCUUUUGGCUAAGGAGCUGCAGAAAAUUUCUUGCAACCACCUUACUCUUCCCAUCUUUCAGCUGGCUGAGGUUAUUGCUCACGAUGUUGUGGAAAGUAAAAGUCUGUCUGAUCUCUACCAUCUUCGAAUCUCCCUGAUAUGUUCAGAUAUAAAAUUGAGUCAGGCAUUCUCAUAUCAUGAGAAAGCAGUUGGAGAAGCAUACCUUAACGAAGUGGAACAGGCAAAGUAUAGACAAGAGAUUGCAUUAAAAAAUGGGGAAAAUGUGCAACCUAAGGAGGAGGAAAGAAGUGGAUUAUUUGAAUGUACCAAAUCACAUAAUAAUGGAUAUAAGAACUCACUUACUGCAAAGGAAAAGAUUUUGGAGUUAGAUGCAGUAACUGGAAAAGGGCUGAGUGGACUUUCUUUCCCAUACCUGUGGAUUGACAAAGCUGAAGUACUAAUUCAGCUGGGUUUAUAUCAACCAGCAAGGCUACUCCUUUCAGAGGCACACAGUGCAACACAGGAAAUGAAUGACAUACAUGCAGUGUCAAGAUGCUUGUACCUUCUUGCUGUACUGGCUAACCUGGAAAAGAACCAUGGGCAAGCUAAGGCACUUCUUGAGAAGGCACAACUGAUAGGAGGAAAUGAACAGUUUUGGUACAAUAGCACUCUGAGUCUCAUACAGGCAGUUCUAGAGGAAGAUAAGGAAGGAAAAGAGAGAGUGGCAUGCAAAAUUUUACAAAAAACUGUGAAGGUGUUUAGAUCUACGUUAGAGGAGAGACCUAACAGAAAGUCUGACCUGGGUUUUAUAAUUGCAUCCCUUGAAGCCAGGAGAACACUUAUUCAAAUAAAAUAUGCCCAAAAUUUCAUGAAGGUUAAUGCUGAGUCCUCUCAGUUAUCAAGUAUGCUACAGAAAUCAUAUGACGAAUUAAUUCAGAUUGAAGAGGACUUCCUUCGUUAUGGAUAUAAAGAUCAUAGUGCUGAGAUCCUGCUGGAACGUGCAAAUAUUCACAGAACAAUUGCAACACAUACAGAAGAUGAAGAAGAAAAACAUAGUUGUUAUCUAGAUGCAUACAAGUUAGCUCAGAGAGCAGUAUAUGAAGAAGAAGAAGUGUUUAACAAUAUCUGGAGCUUGCUUCCACUUCACGAGAUUAGAAAUAUUAGUAUGCCAUUAAUGAGACGGCUUGCUAAUCUGAAGCUAAGCUUUGUGGAAAUUAAUUUGGAUAUUCUUCAUCUUGUUAAUGCGGAAAAAAAGCGGAAAGAGCUGAGAGAGGGAUCACUUAAUCAAGUUGUUGAAGAAUUUGUCAGGUUAACACCUGAUAGUGCUUCUGUGGAACAGGGAUGGAUAGACAUAGGACGGACUGUGGGUCACGUUGCGCUGGCUCAGUUAGCAAGUCUACAGAGUCUUUAUACAGGAUGUCCUGAUAUCAAAGCCAAGUACCUGUAUCUCACUGGGAAAACUCUGCGUUUACUUGCGGUUAAUGUGGACCCCUUAAAUUCAGAUAUUUACUGGAAUGAAACUGUUACGGAAGAAACUCCAUUGAACACCAUGAAGCCUCCCACAACCAAAGCAGAAUGCAAUGAACGUGAAAUGAAAAGUAGCAGUUCUCCAAUUAGUAAAAACCAACAUGAUGAGCAAAGGAAGAAAGCAAAUGAAUUAAAGAGAAAACGGAUUUUGGCCCAAAGAUACCUCUCUCAAUCCAGUGAAGUUUUGCUUCAGUGCAUGAAUGUUGCAUUCAGUAACAACAUAAUUGAUAUUCUGGCUGCUGCUAGUCUUGAAAUCAUUGAAUGCAUUGGACGAUUUGAUCCAGUUUCAAGUAGCCAGUUUUUGGCCCUUCAUCAGAGCUGUUCAUCAUCUAUGAUGAUGAAGGAUAUCCUGCUAGCAGCCACUUCUAACACUAGCAGCUCUCAGCUGGCAGCACUAUUGCAUCUUCAACAUCACUUAAAACAAAAAGGGGACAUAACCAGUAAUCUUCUCAAAAAUGUGGAGCAGAGGCUAACUGCUACCUCAAAGGCAUGGGGAAAUCUCUGUGUUCUUGCACAACAUUUUAACAUCAUAAAUGAAUUGCCACCAAACUUCCAUAUACUCAUUCUCCAGCAUUCAAAUGACAGAUCAAUGUUGUAUAGUGCAAUGAUUGAUAAGCCAAAACUCAGUAGCGGACAACAGAAAGGAAAACCAGGUCAGCCAAUGGUGCGGGCUAAAGUUUCUCGUUUUCCUGUGAAUCCUGAUACAAUCUUGAUUUUGUUGGGAAAAGUACAUCUUUACAAACAGGAAAGGAUGAACAAUCUCCUCGGACAGGAAAUGGAAAAGAAAUUCCAUGUAGAGAAAAUUGACUUUCAAAAAUGGCAAGAAACUACUCCCAAAAUAGAUAUGAAUCUAACAGAAAACAUAAAUGAAAAUGAGAAAAAUUUUACAUCAGAUUUCUAUGAUAUUUUAAAAGCCAUGGAAGAAUAUCUGAAACCAGUUUUGCCAGUAUUUGAUUUUACUGAUUUUAGACAGCAGAGUCCAUCAGUUUCAACAGCAGAAUCAGGAAAAACAAAAGCCAAAGAUAAGGACACAAAACAUACUGGAUUACAAGGUGGACUUACGGAUUUAGGUGAUUGCGUGAUAUUACUAGCAGACAAACUACUUAUGGAGUUACCUUUGGAAGCUCUAAGUAUCUUUCAAGAGGAGGCAAUAAGUUCUGUAUCCAGAGACUUUUCUCUCCAAAUUCUCUACAAUCGAAUACAUGUAGAAGAACCAGAGAAUGAAGUAAAAAAAGACCCUAAAAGUACAAAGGAGCCAAAACCAAAAGUGGAUCAGAAAAAGAACGUCAAAAUGGUACCCAUUAACCGUAUUCUACCGCCUAACUGCCUGUCUGCUGAUACACACAAUUUUAAAUAUGUUGUGGAUCCAUAUAAUGAAGCAAAAGAAGCAGAAGCAGUAAGUCCUUCCCAAAAAAUAAAGGAAAUCCUAGAAAAAUACCAUGACCAAUUUACACCACACUGGGAAGGAGUUAUUGGUAGCAUGCAUGUUCCAAGUCAAUCUGAGUGGGAGCAGCUUCUGAAUAACUGCAGUGCGUUUCUGUUCUAUGGAAUGGAAAGAUUCUUGUCUCAUAUUUUACUUAACAGAUUCAUUGCUAUGAACAUCCCAGAAUGCCAGUUGAUGAUACUUUUAGAUCUGAUGCAGUCAAAUCAGAGUUUCCAACGACUGGCAAAGCUUGAUACACUCAAAAGUCGUCUACAUAUAUCUGUAGAGAGACCAACAGAGACAGCAAUCCUUCUAAGCCUUACUGGUGUUCGUUCCAUUAUGGCCAACCAGUGGUAUACACCCCUGCAAGAGAACGCAAAAAGGCUGGAAAUCUUGUCUGAAAAUUUGUUACAAACUGGAAAAACAACUGGGCAGACCAUUCGUGUUCUUCAAAAGUAUACGAUUGGAGUGGAAAAAUCACCAACUGGAGUGGAAGAGAAUUCUAAGAAUUCUUCUAGUGAUGAAAUCGAAAACCAAAUCAUUCCCAAUCAGUCAAACCUUCCUGCAAUUCAGCCUUCAUCUUUCAAUUGUGUAUUAUAUGGGCUACCCAACAUAAUUGUUACGUGAACUCAUAUCAGGUUUCUAUAUGUAAAUAGGAAUACAUGAUAUUGGCCUUAUCUUGAAGGCUAGCAUUUAGUCAGUCAUCUUAAGUACUUUUUGUGUAGACUAAUAAGAAUUGAGUUUAAGAAUGUGCAAAGCGUGUUAGCUAAUUUACUUUGUUUUAGUUUUGUGUACUGAUAUUAAAGUAUCAAAGAAGGUUUUCAUCAGAGCUUUCUGUUAUUGAAAAUAUGUAGUUCUCUGUGCUCUUCUGUUGUUGAUUAAAGUCUUUA